AGAGUGUGUGUGUAAAACUGACCUCCGUCAGUUUUGAGAGAGUUUUCAGCAGAAAUCAACUCUUCUUAUUCUCUCAAGUGUUUGGAAGGAUUUAUUUUCUGUAAAAACCAGAGACAGAAGAAUACAAACAGAAUUUCUCGGCGCCCCAAAUCCCCAAAUUAAUCUACAAACCCCUGACACCUUCUCUAUUCUCUGCUGGUCCACUUCAAUCUUGAGAACUUCUGAAACCUUUAGAACUACUUCGACACUGAUUCUGGAGCUACAACAGCAGGGUUUUAGAAAGGCUUUUAGAAUCUGCGAAUGUUGGGAGCUGGUUCCAGAAUACAUUCAGAAAUAGGAGCAGGUUCUGAACUCUGUUCUAGAAUCCCAGUGGGUUCUAGAAUUCGUUCUGAAGCUACAGAAAGUUCUGCAAAUACUGCAGAUUCCAAAGCGUGCUCUAGAUUUGCAGCGGGUACAGGAAUUGGUACAAGAGUCACAUCGGGCUCUAGGAUGGUCUCUGGAGUCACAAAAGUGGAUUCAGUCAAAGGUUCCAGAAUGGGACCCAGAUUAGGUUCGGGAAUUCCUGGUAUGUUAACCGUGCUGCUUCUUGUCUGGGGUUUGAUGUUUGUCAAUCCGGUUGGUUGCCACAGAAACUUCUCAUCUGAGUCAUCUCAGAUCUCAGAUCUGAUCACGUCGGACAUGCCUGAAUUCCAUGGUACUGACCCACCUCUAGGACUAGGAAUGGAACCCCUUAUCCAGACCUUAGACAGAGAACCACAUCUGGUGCAAGAGACUGUGAACAAGGCCCCAUCCACAGUGGAAAAAGGCAGGACAAAACAUGCGAACAAGCUGAAACACAAACAUGAAAGAAAGCCUCACCCGUCCACCUCCAACUCCUCCCUGGUGGUUCAGAUGCGCCCGGUAUCUCCUCCAAACUGCCUGCAGGCCACAUCAAUAAAGACAGCCUUCAAGUACAUCAACACGGUGCUGUCCUGUGUUAUAUUUGCUGUGGGGAUCAUUGGAAAUGGCACCCUGCUCAGGAUUAUCUACCAAAAUAAAAGCAUGAGGAAUGGACCCAAUGCGCUGAUAGCCAGCCUGGCCCUGGGAGACCUGAUAUACAUCGCCAUUGACAUACCGAUCAACGUCUACAAGCUCCUGGCAAUGCGGUGGCCGUUUGCAGACAGUGUGUUUGGGCUGUUCCUCUGUAAGCUGUUCCCCUUCCUGCAGAAAGCCUCAGUCGGCAUCACCGUCCUCAACUUGUGUGCUCUGAGUGUGGACAGGUAUCGUGCGGUGGCGUCCUGGUCACGGGUGCAGGGCACAGGUGUUCCCACGGUAACAGCCGUGGAGAUAGUGGUGAUCUGGCUGCUGUCCAUGGUGUUGGCAGUGCCGGAGGCCAUCGGCUUCAACAUGGUCACCUUCGACUACAAGAACGUUACCAUAACAACCUGCAUGCUGCAGCCCACGACACCCUUCAUGACUUUCUACCGGGAUGCGAAGGACUGGUGGCUGUUUGGCUUCUACUUCUGCGUACCUCUGGUCUGUUCUGCCGUUUUCUACGGCCUGAUGACCUGUGAGAUGCUCAGACACCAGAAAGGAAGUCUGAGGAUCGCACUGAGUGAACACCUUAAACAGCGUAGAGAAGUAGCUAAAGCCGUGUUCUGCCUGGUGUUGAUCUUUGCUCUGUGCUGGUUUCCGCUCCAUCUGAGUCGCCUGCUGAAGAACACUGGGUACAAAUCCCAUGAUGCACACCGCUGCGAACUGUUAAAUUUCCUGUUGGUGCUAGACUACUUAAGUAUGAACAUGGCCACCAUCAACUCCUGCAUCAAUCCCAUAAUCCUCUACGUUGUCUCCAAGAAAUUCAAAAACUGCUUCAAGUCCUGUCUGUGUUGUUGGUGUUAUUCUGGCUCUCUCUCCAACAGUAUGCUGCCCCUCCACCAUGGGACGAGCCUGCAGUACAAACACACUGAACACUGAGAGAGAGAGGGCGAGAGAGAGAGUGAGUCUGCAUCUUUAUCUUCACCCAGCAGCUCACUGAACAAAGACACCCACUGAAAGGCAAUGUUGUGCAAUUGUGCGUGUGAUACAACAGAUAACCACUAUAUAGAUCCUUUAGUGUUUUGUUUUUACCUUUUAAUGGCCUAUUUAUUCAGUUCUAUAUACUGUAUUAUAUUUUGUUACAGACUAAUUAUUGUAUGGUGAUAUAUUAUACACUGCAUGGCCAAAAGUAUGUGGACAUAUAGUGUCUUAAACUUGAAAUCUUGACAAUGCCCCUGUGGACAAAGCCGGCUCCAGAAAGAAAUGCUUUCCCCAGCUGAGCUCUGACUUCGACCACACAAAUGAGAUGCUCAGCAAUCAAUUAUGUAUGUGAUUUUUGGGUGUCCACUUACUUUUGGCCAUGUAAAGUAUUUAUUAUUAUGUUUUAUAUGUAAAAUAUUCAAUUGCAACUGUACCUGUAAGUCUGAAGUUUAAAACUGCACUAGCAGCCCCUAGAGGCUGCAUUCUUCAUUACAUCCCACAAUAUGAACCUGCUGACAGAGUGAACAACAUACUGAUGAGUUUUAUGUUCUACUAGUAAACUACAACUAAAGAUUUGUCCUAAUGGUGGCGCUAAAGGAAUUGUCAAGAAGUCACAAUAAACAAUGGGAUUCAUCCUCUGCGCAUCAGCUCUUUUCAUAGAAAUCUGCUCAGUAUUGGAAGAAAGUAAUAA